CGAGAGAUGUUCGCUCGUAAAGUGAAAUCAGCAGAUUUCACAGCAUCAUUGCAGCGUUUUGUCGACUUGCAUCGUGACUGUGCUUCGCGAGCAAAACAUCUCAAGCUUGCUCUUGAUGCUCUCUGUAUACAGGAUAAACGGCAGUUCAUGGAAGAUUAUAGUUUUGAAACAUUUCAUCUCGUCGAUGAAUUACUACUUCAAGCUGAUCUUACUCAAACAACUCAAUCAGUUCUUGAGGCAGAAUCAGCUUUAUGGGCACUUGAACAAUUAUUAUGUUUUGCACCAAAAUUAGUUGGCAGUGGUUGGCAGAAGCAUGCCAUUGAGUAUGUUUUAAAGAAAGCGCUCUUUCCGCACAAUUUAUUAGCCGUUAGAAAAAUAGCGUUGCGUCUGUUUCUUAUUUGGUAUCAAAGUUUGGCAAUUUUUAAUAACACUAAUUCUCAGCUAGAUACUGUCUUUCAAUGUCUUCUUCCAAACUUUCCUUUAAGAAAUAAUUUAUCUACAGAAAAUAUUUUGCAUAAUUAUUGUCAGUCUGCUGCGACUGCGGCAGGACCAGGACCUAUUCGAAACGCACCUCUUGUAAGUAACCAAAAUAACGUUGCACCAAAUGCCAAGGAAAAAGCGCAAUUACUGCAGGUAUAUUUGGAUAAAUUCCUUGAAUAUUGUACUCGAGAAACCAUUCGAAUUGAAUGGGACGAUGAAAACAUUCGCUUGGAAUGUGCCAAAUUUAUACUGGACCGAGUAAUUGUUCUUUAUAUUUACGAAAUAUUUCCUGAUAUAGAAGCAAAUGGUGUGGAUAUUUAUGGUGGAUGGGAAGGCAAUGAGGGGUUAGCAGAUGUCCGUGAUACUGCUGAUCCUAUUGUAAUUGCACGUUAUUGGCUGAUUAGAUGGAUGGCAUCAGUUGCACUUACUACGAAUAAUGAUUUGGCGGUAGCGGGUCAAGUUUUGUAUCGGAAAGCUUUGUUUUCUAGUCGAAAAGCAACGAAUACUCUUCUCACGCUUCUGAAAGAGGCUGUAAUGUUACCUUUGCCUUGUUCAAACGUUAUUCAUAAGUUAAGCUUUACAAUUAAUUUCACUAUAUUAAAAUUUGUAUUUUCUCUGAUUAGUUCAUGGUUAUUACAACGAAAUUUACCCCCUUUCAUUGAUGAAGGAAUUACAAUUGAUACGUUAUCUCUGUUGCUCAUCCAUUUCCUUACUUCAUUUUUUCACAGCCCGUAUUUGUCAUUAGCUGGGGAACGUUUAUCUUCUGCUAUAUCUUUAACUCAGAGUUUGCUGCAAAUCACUCGUGAUCUUUCCAGUCCUUCAACUUCAUUACAAAAACCUUUAUCGACCAGAGUUUGGUGUGAACUUAUUAGAAGUCUUGCGGAAGGCAUACGCACUGUCACUUCAAGAUCCGAUGCUUAUGGCCGUGCAACUUCUGGUGCCCUUUCACAAAAUCUUCUGGGUGUUAUUGUUUUUGUUCGAGCUAUUAGCGGCGUAGCAGUAGAUGAAAAAGUAUGGGAUGAUGUUUUAGCAGUGUUUCAGUCUGGUUGUUGGAUACAAAUGAUUGAACAAUGGAGUCGAGUUGUCGAUAGUGUUACUCGUGCGCUUAUCUUAAACCUUUUUGAGGUUGAUAUUGCCCCAUGUGAUCAAAUGGCUUCUCACCAAGUAGUCAAAAGAAUGAAAAGCAAUGAAACAGUCAGUGCUCCAGAUGGUGCAAAUAUAGAGUUUUCUGAAGAAAUUCGGUCGGAAAAUAGUUCUGUUGAGGAUGACAAUGCGCAGAUUACUUCAGUUAUCCAGGUGAUUAAUUACAAGUUCUAA